CACACACUUCCUCUCUACUAUACAUGUUGCAGUAAAAAGAUCAGCAUUCAUGGCGUCCUGUAUCUUUCAGGUCAUCGGUCAUCUGCUAAUGCUAAUUCUGCUUUUGUUCAGCUGUUGUGGACACUCACAAGAGCCUGUUCUGGACUGUAUUCCGUCUCUCAGAGUUCCUCGGAACACAGUGUGGAAAUCUCCUGAAAAAGAGACUCUGAAGAUCAACUGUACUGUUACCACUGAAUCACACUGUUGGAAGAACGUAUCAGUGUCAUGGUGUAAAAUUGAGGAUACUGAUCACUGCAGACCUUUGAAUCACUCCAAUCACACUGGAACAGGAUGGAGGAAUAUUACUGAGAAGGAAAGAAAGUUUUUUCUGAUUUUCUGGAGUUUAUCUCUGCAGGACGCUGGACUUUACAGGUGUAAGUCAGAUGGACCUGUAUUCACUACAAGCCACGUUAUCAAUGUUACUGUUACAGUUGUCAGCAAUGAAAAGAAAACAACUGUGAACCUGGACUCUGAAGUUUUAAGCAAGAAAAAUCAAACAGGUAUCAGAGACAUGGAGCAGAGCGUUGUAGAGCCGUUCUAUCUGGUCUGCUCUAUUGUGAUUGUGGUCGCUCUAGUGCUCACCAUCAUAAUACUGUUUAAAACCAUCAAAAACAAAGAUUCAGAGCCGUCUCUAGAAGACAAGGACCUGCUGACGACUGUGUCUUAUGGAGCAGCAAAAGAUUCCAGUCUUCAGGAUUAGAACUGGUGAUCAGAUCUACAGAGAGAGCCUCAACAGUUAUUUCAGUCAUUCUAUUAAACCUCAUGAGCAGCCUUUAUCAGAAAUCAACUGUCCACCUGUCAUUCAUUUUAACAUCUGUUUAAAACCACUGAUUCUGUCUCAGAUCACAGAUGAGUGAAGGAACUUUCAGCCUACAUGCUAACAUCACCUUCAAUAGAUUUACAUGAGGAAACAAAAAGAAAGUGAUUUAACUGAAAAUGUACCAAAUGCACCUCAUAUUUUCAGGAUAUUCCAAAAACAUCUUGAUGAUUUUAAUACAAACUGAUUUUGAUGAAAGAUGAUUUAAUGGACGAUGCUUUGAGCUUUUGUAUUUGGAGGUUGUUUCAGCUUUUGAAGUUUUUUGAGUGUUUCUGUCUUUGAGUUGAUCAACAGUGUCAGAUAAUUUCAGUAUUUAGCAGUUUUUUUUUAUUUCUUGGCUAAAAAGUACGAUUUAAAGAGUACAACAAAAAUAAUAAUACUUUUUAUAUUUUUUCUAAUAUCAGCUUUUGUGAUGAACCUUUUUUGUUUGUGUACUUAAACAUUAUUUGUGAACUGUCUUGAGAUUACGUGGAUUAAAA